AUCGAGGUGCACUUCUCUCCCUCCACUGUUUCACCUUCUUUUCACCGUCUUUAUGCGAUGUUCAUGGCCCAUUUCCGUUACCAUUAAUCCUCUGAGUUGAUCUCCUUAGGCAAUCCGUCAGUCAUGGCGCGAGAAGAGCCCCUUUUGGCUCCGCGCCCCUCCUCCGACCACUCCUCAAUCCGGAACGCUGAAGAAGAGGACGCUCUCCUAACAGGAGAACGUACCCACCGCGAACAGCCACGCAGCAAAUGGGCCGUCUGGAAAGAUGUCGGUCUCUUCUCCUGGGCCUUUGUCGCCACGAUUGCCGUGAUCGUCCUGUCCGUGGUAUACCAGCAUGAGGCGAGCAAAAACCACGAGGAGAGACAUCCUUGGGGUCCCGGAGGCAAGCCGACCGGCAAGCGGAACUUGAUCUUCAUGGUCUCCGACGGAAUGGGCCCCACAAGUUUGACCAUGACUCGGAACUAUAGACAGUUCACGGAGGGACUCCCGAUAGACCAGACUCUCGUGCUAGACCAACAUAUCAUCGGUACCUCGAGGACGAGGUCGAGUAACAGUCUUGUGACCGAUUCGGCGGCCGGUGCUACCGCCUUCUCGUGCGCCCACAAGAGCUACAAUGGGGCUAUCUCCGUGUUACCGGAUCACUCGCCUUGUGGAACUGUACUGGAGGCGGCUGCCUUGGCUGGUUAUAAGACUGGCUUGGUCGUCACCACUCGAAUCACAGAUGCUACCCCUGCCUGCUUCGCCUCUCACGUCAACCUCCGCCAGUAUGAAGACCGCAUCGCAGAGCAAGAGAUCGGCGAACACCCGCUAGGCCGAGUUGUCGAUCUGAUGUUCGGUGGCGGACGAUGCCAUUUCCUCUCCAACACAACAGAAGGUAGCUGCCGCGGCGACGACCGAGACUUAGUCGAGAUCGCAAGCCAAAAGGGCUUCCACUACCUCAACGACCGCAAGUCCUUCGACGCCCUAAACGGCGGCUCAGAAGCCAAGCUACCACUCCUAGGUCUUUUCGCAGACAAGGACAUCCCCUACGAAAUCGACCGCCGCAGCCAAGAUGGCAUAUACCCAUCCCUGGAAGAAAUGGCCCGCACGGCGCUCAAAACCCUCAGCCAAGCCACCGCCGACAGUGAACAGGGCUUCUUCCUCAUGAUCGAAGGCUCCCGGAUCGACCACGCCGGCCACGGCAACGAUCCCGCAGCCCAGGUCCACGAGGUCCUAGCCUACGACCGCGCCUUCGCCGCCGUCCUCGAGUUCCUGGAGAAAGACUCCACCCCGGGCGUGGUAGUCAGCACCUCCGACCACGAAACGGGCGGUCUAGCCGCAGCCCGCCAGCUCCACGACGCCUACCCAGAGUACAAAUGGCUCCCGGGCGUGCUCGCCAACGCCAGCCACUCCUCCGAGUUCGCCGGCGAUGCACUCACCACCUUCCUCUCCUCGAAUCCGGACCCCAAAGCCCAGCGCAAGUUCGCACAGGAACUCCUGGAGAAAGCCCUGGGUGUCAAGGACGCCACAAGCGAAGAGGUCGACCAUCUUCUCGACCCCAAGCUCCCGUAUAAACGUGACUACGUCUUCGCCGAUAUCAUCAGCCGCAGAGCACAAAUCGGCUGGUCCACCCACGGACACUCAUCCGUGGACGUCAACAUCUACGCCUCCACCACUAAAGACGCCUGGCGUCUCGUCGGCAACAACGAAAACACCGACGUCGGAGCCUUCCUCGCUGACUACCUCGAAGUGGACUUAGAAGACGUCACUCAGAAACUGCAAUCGAAGGCUUCCACCGCCGAGUCACACAACUGGCUAGGCGACCCCUUGGGCGAAGACGUCCGUACAGAGGGUCUGGACACCUACCACGGAGAAUUCAAGAAGCGCUCCGUGGACCUGGAGAAGAGGGAAUGUGGCUGCGGCGAGCUGCACUAAGACCAUGUACUUUCCAUAGCGUUUGGGCGUUUUUGGGGGAACUUAAUUUUGUGUAUGGGGUUCGAUAUAACUUUGCUUUUAGUAAUAGAUGGAUCUGCGCUUGUUUGUGGCUAAAUUGCGAAUCGAAUAUCGUUACUGUGAUGUA